AUCUGGCCGAUGCUACGCUCAACUACACGAUGGCGUCUAAUAUCCUUCAGAUUCCGUUUCGGCGCUCGCACUCCAUCUCCCUGUCGAAUGCCAUCACACAGUACAUCUCCUCUAAAUAUGACCAACGUCCGGAUAUGUUCGCGGAGGAUCUCUUGAUCAUCGACCGACUGCGAACCGAAGCAAUCAAUGUCCAGGAGCCUCAUGUUAGCGGGAUCAGCCGGCUGGUCACGUAUGCGGCGCAGCUGAAAUGGCUCGGGGGGAAGUUUCCGGUGGAUGUUGGCGUGGAAUUUCCGUGGUAUCCUGCGUUUGGAUUCAAUACUUCUCGACCGAUUUCGCAGAAUAACCUCCGGUUCGAGCUCGCGAAUGUGAUUUUCAACCUCGCGGCGCUGUACUCGCAGCUGGCAUUCUCUGUGAACCGCACGACGUCGGAUGGACUCAAGCAGGCGUGCAAUUACUUUUGCCAGGCGGCUGGGGUUCUGAAACACCUGCGGUCGGAUAUCCUUCCCGAUUUGCGAACAUCGCCUCCCGAAGACAUGGACGACAUGACGCUGCAGAGCUUGGAGCAGCUGCUACUGGCGCAGGCGCAGGAAUGCUUCUGGCAGAAGGCGGUCAAGGAUGGACUGAAAGACGCCUCGAUUGCUCGGUUGGCGGCCCAGGUCUCGGAUUUCUAUGCCGAUGCGGGAGAUUACGCGGUCAAGUCGAAUGCUAUCAGUCCGGAGUGGAUUCACCACAUGACGGCUAAGCAUCAUCACUUUGCUGCGGCCGCGCAGUACCGACAGUCCCUCGAUUGCUUGGAGAAACGCAAGUAUGGCGAGGAGGUCGCUCGUCUGAGGGACAGCGAGGCGUGCGUCAAUGAAGCGCUGAAAGAGUCGCGCUGGAUCAACCGCACCGUGCUGGGGGAUCUUCAGGGACUGAAGACUCGGGUGACGGAGGACCUGAAACGCGCGGAGAAAGACAACGAUAUUAUCUACCUCAACCCGGUGCCGCCCAAGUCGGAGCUCAAGCUCAUCGACCGGGCCAGCAUGGUGGCAGCCAAGGCCCCGUCCCAGGUGACCGAUGCCAUUUCCAUGCUGGGCGAGAACGGGCCUCUGGGACAGCCGCUGUUCUCCAAGCUCGUGCCGUACGCCGUGCACAUUGCGGCUAGCAUUUACUCGGACCGUCGGGACCGACUGAUCAAUGAGACGAUCAUCGGCGAGCUGGAGACGAUGACGGACAAGCUUCGGGAUCUGUUGUCAUCGUUGAAUCUUCCAGGUUCUCUGCAGGCCCUCGAGAAGCCACUUGGGUUACCACCGACAUUAGUGUCUCAUGCCGAAGAAAUGCGUCAACAGGACGGUUUGAAUCGACUCCGCAAGUCUCUGGAGGACACGGCCACGGUCAAGUCCAACGACAAGGCUGUGUACCGCGAGGGCGUAGAGCUCUUGGCUGCUGAAAAAGCCGAGGACGAUGCGUCUCGUCGUAAGUAUGGAACCGACCGAUGGUCUCGUGCGUCUUCCGAGGAGGCGGCGCCCAAGCUGUACACGACGUCUCGCGAGAUCGAGGGAUAUUUCACAUCUGCCCAGAGCAGCGACAAUCUGGUCGAGCAAAAGCUGAAAGACUCGGAGGCAGUCUUCCGGGUGCUGACCGGCACCAACCGCGAUCUAGAGAUGUACGUGCCCAGCAGCCGAUGGGCCGCUCUGCCUCCAGAGGUCGAGCGCGAGGUCAGUCGACUCCGGGGAUGCAUGAGCGAGGUGAGCCGUUUAGAGAGCCGGCGGAAACGGCAGGCGCAGGCGUUGAAGGACAAGGCGCGCACCGAUGAUAUCAGCCAAGCCCUCAUCAAGGAGACGGCGCGGCUGGAGCGCGAGUUUCCCAUGCAAGUGAUCCAGGCUAGUCAAUUCGAGGAUCUCUUCGAAGAGCAGCUACACCUGUAUGACUCGGACCUGGAGAUGGUGACGCGGGAGCAACAGGACCAGGACGCGAUUGCGGCGCGGGUCCGGGAAGCCAACCGGGCCUUCACCCGAGCACACACGGGCGAUGCCUCGACCAAGGAGCGCGAGCGGGCCCUACAAGACCUGGAGAACGGAUACCUCAAGUACAAGGAGAUCCUCUCCAACAUUGAAGUGGGGCGAAAAUUCUACAACGACCUGGCGAAAAUCGUGGGCCGAUUCCGCGACGACAGCAAAGCGUUUGUCCAUAAGCGACGGAUGGAAGCCAGUCAGCUGGAGGGCGAUAUUUCCAGCGCAGCCGCCAUGGCAACAUUGAACAUUUCCCAACCACUCCGCCAACAACCAUACACCGCGCCGGUGCCCGCCCCCGCCCCAGUCCCAGUCCCAGCCGAGCCGAUCCCACCCCGACCAGAGCCCAUGGCAGCACCACAACCGACACGAGCGAAUUCCCGACCGGCCAUGACACCAGGGAUCUGGUCUCCAGAAAUGGGAAUCCGAUUUGGCGGAGGACAAUGGGAUCCCAGCAAGGGAGUGAAGUUCUCAUGAUACCAUACAUACCUUAAGAUCUAGAUCGAUUCUAUUUACAGCUAGUUCCAUUAGACCAACUGAUACAUG